AUGAAAAAACACGAGUUACAGGUGACUCACCUACCUACCACCUUUCAAACUUGAAACCAUGCAAUCCACAAAACUUAGUUUUUGCGCUUAACAUUAUAUAUCAUUCCUAUACCCUUUUCCUCAUGCUUUGAGCUUAGUGUCCCUCUCUCUUUAGCCAUGCCAUAUAUGACACUGCGUCAAGGAUUCUCCAUUGGGUUCCUCCUUCUUGCUCUCUACUGUGCGUUAGACCCCUUCGAGCACAGCCCCAUUGCGGGGUUCCCUGAGUUUGAGGUGCACAAAGUCGACAUGCCCGCGUGGUCUGAGGUUCCUAAGGACCGAGACAAAGAGAACUCAUUGCAGAAAUCAGAGAUUUUGUUUGUGAACCAAGUGCAAGGACCAGAGAGCAUUGCCUUUGAUCCUCUUGGUCGUGGCCCUUACACUGGUGUUGCAGAUGGGAGGAUUUUGUUUUGGAAUGGACACUCUUGGUCUGAUUUUGCAUACACCUCCCCCAAUAGGUCAGAAGCACUAUGUAGUCCUAAGGCAUCUGCAUCUGCAUCUGCUCUGAGUUAUGUCGAAACUGAGCACAUAUGUGGAAGGCCUUUGGGACUCAGAUUUGACAAGAAAAGUGGUGAUUUAUACAUUGCAGAUGCAUAUUUUGGGUUGAUGAAGGUGGGGCCUCAAGGUGGUUUAGCAACAUCUAUUACAACUGAGGCCGAAGGGGUGCCGCUGAGAUUUACUAAUGAUGUUGACGUUGAUACGGAGGGGAACCUUUAUUUUACAGAUAGCAGCACUAAUUAUCAGAGGAAGAAUUUCAUUCAGCUGGUAUUCUCUGGUGAGGGUACUGGCAGGGGUUUUAAAUACGACCCUGCCACUAAAGAAACCACUGUUCUCUUGAGGAACGUCCAAUUUCCAAACGGAAUUUCCUUGAGCAAGGAUGGUUCCUUCUUUGUCUUUUCUGAAGCGAUGAUUGGAAGGUUACGCAAGUACUGGCUGAAAGGGGAUAAAGCUGGGACUUCAGAGAUCUUAGCAGUUCUUCCUGGUUUUCCAGACAACGUGAGAGUUAAUGGAAAUGGUGACUUUUGGGUGGCUAUCUUUAGUAGAAGGUAUACGUAUGGUUACCUAAAUGCACUCUACCCAAAAAUGAGAAAAGUCAUACUCAAGCUACCUAUUCCAACAAAGAUGCAAUACAUGCUUCUAAUUGGAGGCAGGUUCCGAGCAGUAGUUGUCAAGUAUAGCCCUGAAGGUAAACUUCUGCAGAUAUUGGAGGACAGUGAGGGAGAAGUUGUAAAAGCUGUGAGUGAAGUGGAGGAGAAAGAUGGUAAACUUUGGAUGGGAAGUGUUCUUAUGCCGUUUAUAGCAGUUUACAACCUGACAUGAAACCAAUAACAUUACAUUUUUCUCACAGAUGUCACUCGGCAGGGCCAAAGUUUAUCUUGAAUUCCCUGUUAAAAGAAAUCACGUUUUGUUUAGCUGUUUGUUCAUCUUUUUCUGGGAGUAAAUAAUGACUAUUGAACGAAUCCCUUGAAGUCUUUAACUUCUCUUUCGUAUUGGAUAGCGGUUAUUUAAUACAAUGAAAUAACUCCAAUGUUUGAUUAUGUAAUGUAUGACAUUUUAAAGGAUUAAAAAAAGUGUCUUGCAAGAGAUAUUAAAAUACAGCACAGAUAUAUUGUGGUCUCUCUCUUACAGAUACAGAAGAAAUUGUGAACAUAAAAAUAUUAGUUGCCAGGCAAGGGA